AUGCACGGCCCGUCCCUGUGUCCCGUCCAGGCCUUCCCUCAGAAGCUGGUGGAGCCCGUCUGUGCUUUCUGGAACUUCAGGGGUUCCUGGGCCACCGCGGGCUGCUCCGUGCUCUCCCUGUACCAGGACUCCACUGCCUGCUUCUGCAACCACAGCACCAGCUUCGCUGUCCUGUUGCAGGUGUACGACAUCCAGAGAGGCCCCGAGGAGGAGUCACUUCUGAGGACCCUCUCGUUUGCGGGCUGUGGCGUGUCCCUCUGCGCCCUUGCUACCACCUUCUUGCUCUUCCUGGCAGCUGGGGUCCCCAAGUCAGAGAGGACCACAGUCCACAAGAACCUCACCUUCUCCCUGGCCUCUGCUGAGGGCUUCCUCAUGGCCAGUGAGCGGGCAAAGGACAACAAGGUGGCAUGUGUGGCUGUCACAGCUGCCAUGCACUUUCUCUUUUUGGUGGCAUUCUCCUGGAUGCUGGUGGAGGGGCUGCUGCUAUGGAACAAGGUGGUAGCCGUGAGCCUGCGCCCAGGUCCCAGGAUGAGGCUCUACUAUGUCAUAGGCUGGGGCAUGCCCGUGGUCAUCGUGGCCAUCACCCUGGCCCUGAGACCCCAUGACUAUGUGGCCGCCGRACACUGCUGGCUUGAUGUGCACGCAGACACCAUCUGGGCCUUCGCGGGGCCGGUGCUCCUCGUGCUGAUGGCCAACACCUACAUCCUGUUCCGCGUGGUGAUGGUCACCGUGUCCAGCGCCCGCCGCCGUGCCCGCAUGCUGAGCCCGCAGCCUGGCCUGCGGCAGCAGAUCAAGAUACAGAUGUGGGCCACAGUGAAACCGGUACUGGUCCUUCUGCCCAUCCUGGGCCUAACUUGGCUGGUCGGCAUCCUGGUGCAUCUCAGCUCSGCCUGGGCCUACGUUGCUGUGGGCCUCAAUUCCUUCCAGGGGCCCUACAUCUUCCUGGUCUAUGCUGCCUACAAUGGGGAGGUGCGGAGCGCCCUGCAGAGGAUGACCGAGAAGAAGGCUGUGGGUCAGGCAGGGCCCAGCGCUGUCACCAUCUCCUGUGGGACCUGCUCGGGCCCCUCUAGCCAGCAGCCUCCAGGUCCCUGGGAGGCGCCCCGGACUCCACCAAGAAGACACGUGGCUCUCAGAGGGAUCCACGGCCCCAGAAUCCCCACAGCCUUCUCUUCUAUUGCAGAACCCGAGAGACCGCUGUGCUCAGUCCCUUGGAGGCUCAGCUUCCCCAGCUGCAAAACGGGCCGGAAGCGCCCCCUGCAGGCGGGUCGAGGAGGAGCAGGGCUGGCGCAGGGCGAUCCGAGGGGCGGGGCCUCGGCCCCACGGGCCCCGCCCCCAUCCGCACUCGCGGGCUCAGAGCAUCUGCGGGAACAAGAGCCGCAGCGCGCCUCUGCGCUCAAGCCGCUCGUAGCAACGGAGCGGCUUCCACCUCGGCCCCACCCUCCAGACCCCAACCUUGGCCUGGUCCCCCAACGCUCCCGCUUCUACCCCUCACCCCAGCCAGCAGCCCACUCAGACAGUGUGCGGGGGAGUGAAGGCUGUAGCUGCACGUCCCUCGAGGUGCCGCCCGCCCCUCCAGAAAGCCCAUGGAGCCCGGGGUAA